CUUCACCAUGUUCCUCCUGCUCCCCUUUGACAGCCUGGUUGUUAAUCUCUUGGGGAUUUCCAUAACUGUGCUCUUCACUCUGCUUCUGGUUUUCAUCAUUGUGCCAGCAAUUUUUGGAGUCUCCUUUGGCAUUCGCAAAGUUUACAUGAAAACACUAUUAAAGAUUUUUCAGUGGGCAACGCUGAGAAUAGAGCGUGGUGCCAAGGAGAAGAACCACCCCUUGUACAAGCCCUAUGUCAAUGGUAUCAUUGCAAAGGAGCCAACAUCACUGGAAGAGGAGAUCAAGGAGAUCCGCCGGAGUGGCAGUGGCAAAGCCCUGGACACCCCUGAGUUUGAGCUCUCAGAUAUCUUCUAUUUCUGCCGCAAAGGCAUCGAGACCAUCAUGGAUGAUGAAGUGACCAAGAGGUUCUCAGCUGAGGAGCUGGAGUCCUGGAACCUGCUCAGCAGGACCAACUACAACUUCCAGUACAUCAGCCUGCGCCUCACGGUGCUUUGGGGCCUGGGGGUGCUCAUCCGGUACUGCUUCCUCCUGCCCCUCCGGAUAGCCCUGGCCUUUACUGGCAUCAGCCUGUUGGUGACUGGAACUACAGUGGUGGGAUAUUUGCCAAAUGGAAGGUGUAAGGAGUUCCUGAGCAAGCACGUCCACCUGAUGUGUUACCGGAUCUGCGUGCGUGCCCUCACAGCCAUCAUCACUUACCACGACCGAGAAAACAGACCCCGAAAUGGAGGCAUCUGCGUGGCCAACCACACAUCUCCCAUCGAUGUGAUCAUCCUGGCCAGCGAUGGCUACUAUGCUAUGGUGGGUCAGAUCCACGGGGGGCUCAUGGGCGUGAUACAGAGAGCCAUGGUGAAGGCUUGUCCCCACGUCUGGUUUGAACGCUCUGAAGUCAAAGAUCGUCACCUCGUCGCCAGAAGGCUCACAGAACAUGUCCAGGACAAGAGCAAACUGCCUAUUCUUAUCUUUCCAGAAGGAACUUGCAUCAACAACACGUCUGUGAUGAUGUUCAAAAAGGGGAGCUUUGAAAUUGGAGCCACAGUUUACCCUGUAGCUAUCAAGUAUGACCCACAGUUUGGAGAUGCCUUUUGGAACAGCAGCAAGUAUGGCAUGGUGACCUACCUCCUGAGGAUGAUGACCAGCUGGGCCAUUGUCUGCAGCGUCUGGUAUUUGCCCCCAAUGACCAGGCAGCCUGAAGAGGAUGCUGUCCAGUUUGCCAACCGCGUGAAGUCAGCCAUUGCCAGGCAAGGGGGCCUUGUGGAUCUGCUCUGGGAUGGAGGACUGAAGAGGGAGAAGGUGAAAGACACAUUUAAGGAGGAGCAACAGAAACUCUACAGCAAAAUGAUUGUAGGAAACCACGAAGACCGGAGCCGCUCCUGAGCCCUGUGCCUCUAGCACUGUUACUGGGCCAGAGCCCUGUGCCUCCAGCACCAGCCAGGGCUUGCCUGAAGCAGCUCCAAAUCUUUGGACUUUGACUACUCCAGAGCUGCUUGGACUUGUUCCUUCAUCCUCUGGCUGUUCUUUCCCAGAGACACUAUUACUGCCUAGGGUCUUUAUGCCCUGGGCAGCUCUUGGCAAAGAUGCCUUGUUACUGUUACAGUGGAGCCCCUGGCAGGGGCAGUAUUAAAUGAAACACUUCUGGUGUCA